AUGGUACAUCUUUACUGGACUGAUGCAGGGACCAAUCGAAUAGAGGUGGCAAAAUUAGAUGGACGGUACAGAAAAUGGCUUAUUUUUUCUCUACUGGAUCAACCAGCGGCUAUUGCUGUCAAUCCAAAACGUGGGCUCAUGUACUGGACUGACUGGGGAAGGCAGCCCAAGAUUGAAUGUGCCUGGAUGGAUGGACAACAAAGACAAACUUUGGUCUCCGAAGACCUUGGCUGGCCAACAGGUCUUUCUAUUGAUUAUUUGAACAAUGAUAGGAUCUAUUGGAGUGAUUCCAAAGAAAAUAUUAUUGAAUCUAUGAGACAUGAUGGGACAGACAGAACCACAGUAUUACAUGGAGUAGGCAGUCCAUACAGCCUUGAUGUCUUUGAAGGCCAUUUAUACUGGAUAGCUAAAGAACGAGGAGAAGUCUGGAAAAAAGAUAAAUUUGGAAAUGGAGAAAAAGUAAAAGUUCUGACUGUAAAUCCAUGGCUUACUCAAGUGCGCAUCUAUCACCAGCAUAGAUACAAUCAGUCAGUGCCUAAUCCUUGUAAAGAUGUCUGCAGCCAUCUCUGCUUGUUGAGACCAGGAGGAUACACUUGUGCUUGUCCUCAAGGGACUCGGUUUGUAGAAGGCAGCAGCACAGAGUGUGAUGCGGCUAUUGAAUCCCCUCCCACAAUGCCACCAGCGUGCAGGUGCAUGUAUGGAGGAACGUGCUAUAUAGAUGAAAGCGGCCUUCCAAAAUGCAAAUGCUCUUAUGGCUACACUGGAGAUUAUUGUGAAAUAGGAUUGUCAAAGGGAGUCCCUCCUGGAACAACAGCAGUAGCAGUGCUGUUGACAGUCAUACUAAUCAUAAUAAUUGGAGUGUUAGCGGUUGGAGGCUUCUUUAACUACAGACGGACAGGUUCCAUUUUACCAGCACUUCCCAAACUACCAAGCUUAAGCAGUCUUGUAAAAUCAGCUGAAAAUGGUAAUGGGGUAACUUUCCGAUCUGGUGCAGACGUAAGCAUGGACAUAGGAGGUUCUGUUUUUGAAGGAGACUCUGCUAUAGACAGAGCAAUGCAAAUGAAUGAAAACUUUGCAGUAGAGUCAGGGAAACAACCAAUAACAUUUGAAAAUCCAAUGUAUGCAACCAGAGAUAGUGGAGCUGGUGGAACCAGUGAAGUUACAGUCAUUCAACCAACACAGGUAGCAGGAUCUGGUAGUGUGGAAAAUGAAAAUUUUGAAAAUCCUGUGUAUGCCUCUACAUUAUCUGCCAGGCCAAAAGAACCUCCUCCAAGUACAGACACACCUCAGGAAUCAAAGUGGAGUUUCUUCAAGAGAAAAAUGAAACAAAACACUAAUUUUGAAAACCCAAUAUACGCGGAGAUGGAAAAGGAACAGCAACAGGACACAGAAAAUAUCCCUCCUUCCUCUCCUUCACUGCCUCCCAAGAUUACUCUGAAGAGAGACCAGCCAUUAGCUUAUACAGCAACAGAGGAUACAUUUAAAGACACCGCCAAUCUUGUUAAGGAGGACUCUGUUGUAUAAGUAGGUAACUGAUUUAGGGAAAAUGAGACACAUCCAUUUGCACAUAUAUUUUUUAUAAACAGAAGAGUAAGGUUCACAUUCAAAUGCUUUAUAAAAAUAUAUACAUCUUUUAGUCAGUGGCUGGAGAUGUAUGUUGAAACUAUGCCUUGUUUUUUGACAAAUGCCAAUUACUAUUUUUAUGAACAAGUAUCAUGGUGUACUAUAUGUAUAUCUUUGCACUGAACCUGUCUGAAAGUAAUGUUAUAAAUAUAUUGUAAAUUUGUAAAUUUUUCAAAGAUUAUCUUGCUUUUUUUGCUAGUAGAAAUCUGUAUGGAAUUGGUUGCAUAAAGAUAGGGGUAAAUUCAUUGUAUAGGGGCUUAAAAAUACCAACAAGGUGAGUAUAGGAGCGUUACUGAUUUACAGGAUCUUUUGCAUGUAUAUUUAUAACAGUACCUUUUAAAACUUCUACUGGUGCUCUGGGCAUCCUUACCACCUAUUUUUAUCUUCUGCUGGAUGUAGGAAUGAGUGUCUCUGUUUAUCUUGUGUUAAACAAAAGUCAACGCAGCAUCAUUAUGCUGAAUAGCUAUCUGUGCAGAAUGUUGUUCUUAUGUUUUAACUGCCUGGGAUAAAACAAUCCAUUAGACAUACUUUUCCACCAGGAUCCAAUUAAAACCACUCAAUUAAUAGUGUUCUUUAAAAGAUUUGAUAUAUUUAGAUUUUAGUGUCAUGAGUACUUAAUUUAAUGAGAUUCUCUCCUGUACAUCAGUGGAAUAGCUCUGUUCUUAGCUGGAGUCUCUGGAAGUUAUUUGUACUAUUAAAUGAAGUAGCUAGAUUUCUGUAACAGCUUAUUUCUAAACAGCAAAAUACAAAAGAUACUGCUUCAUUUAAGAAAUGAUUCAGGUUUUUUAAUGUGAAAAUUUAAUUUUAUUGAUAUUUAUUUCCAGAGGUGGACAUUAAUAGAAAGGGAAACAAUUUCUACUAAUGCAGUCUUUGUAGUUAAUCUGCUUAUUUUGAUAACCUUUUAUCAGCAUAUACUGUAUGUCUUACCAGUUUUUCUAUUAAUUAGCCAAGGUAGUUUCCACAGUGUGAACAGUUUGAGGAAACUUUGAGUACCACUACAGGAACAUGUAGCAUUUCUAACUAGUUACUCAUACAAUUUAAAGAUUCCUAAAUUAAAAUCAUUGAGACUUCUACUAUUUGAUUGUUUUAUGUCUAAGUUCUCAAAAUGUAUACUAUUUCUAAUUAGAAUGCUUCUAAUUAUUUUGUAAUGUACUUUUAUUAGAAAAGACUACUGGAAAAUAAUGCUGCUGAAUAAAUUUAAUAAAUGUAUUAUUUUAUCAUAUUCCUAUUCUA